CCGUUCCCCCUCCUCUUCACUGCGAACCCGUGCUCGUGCUGCAGCCCUUCUCUGCGGUUGAGCAUCUACCGACGGUGGUCGGGCGCUGCGUCUGUGUGCUCCGCUAGGUCCGUACGCGGCACGUGUGUGCGUCUCUCUCUGAGAACUUCGCCUUCGCAUUAGGACUUGGAAAUGGGACUGUGGGACUCGGGAAAUGGGACUUGGAGUCGAGGAGGUGGGAGUUGCUGCUGCUCCUCUGCGAACGUUUCCUGCGCGGGGAAGAGCAUUACCUGCAGCUGACCGAUGAAGGUCACUUGCGCGUACGGAUUGUAACGCGUCUUCCUCGAAGUGUUCUCAGUAUCUCCUGGCGGCGCCGGUUAACUCCCAUCUCACGUCAUUCUUCUUCUUCUUCUUCUUCUUCUUCUUCUUCUUCUUCUUCUUCCUUCUUCUUCUUCUUCUUGGUGGGAGAUAUGCUCGUACCGGAGUCUUGCGCGUACGGAUUGUACUAGAAAUCUAGAGGUGUGUCAGGAAAGCGAAGUUGGUAUCGUUACUCGUACUUAUGCAUUCGGAUUCUGCUAGAAAGCUGAGAGUCAUGGUCGAAAAAACCCAUGUUUGCCACUGCUUGAUAGUAUUCUUCUUCUUCUUCUUCUUCUUCUGUGCUUGGUCGGAAAGUCUGGUGGUGGUCCCCGCAAGGCGGAUCUGGGGAGAAGCCCCCUGAGGAGCGAGUGCCAGGAGCGCAGCGUGGCCCAAAAAAAACGCGUCGGGGAAAUUUGCGCAUUUUCUGAGAGCUGUAGGGGAAAUCUGUUGAUGCUUGUACGAGAAGCAGUCUAUGGCCACUGUUUUCACUAUUCUUCCUCUUCUUCUUCUUCGUCUUCAUGGGAAUGCGCGUGUGUCGGGACAAGAAGAGUGCGUCUAGCUUUGUAUAUUUUGUAAUUCAAUACGCGUGGGCGGUAGCAAAAUUUCCCAUUGCUUGUCGCUAGUCGUCUUCUUCUGUGUCCUUUCCUUGUGAGGUCGUCGAUGCGUGAGUGUGGUAUGUGCCCCUCCCUGACAAAGCGCAACCAGGCGAAGCGCGUAUUGGCAAUGUGCUCGUUUAUGAGCAGCUUGACAUGUUCUGUGCCGGUGCUGUGAUGAGCUCUUUUUCGAAGCAUAGAGGCUGAGCGAUUUGUCUCGAUUUUACAGAUUCUUGUUGUUGUUCUUCUUCUUUUUUGUCUUCUCCUUCUUAUUCUGUUAUGUGUAUGCACACAUUACAUCGACGACUAGGACACUAGUCUUCUUCUUCUUCUUCUUCUUCUUCUUUGUCUUUUCCUCGUCCUCCCUUUUUCUCAUUCCUGGUGGGGACCUCCUUGGCGAUCAUUGGCUGGCAGUUUUUCUUCUUCCUCUUCUUCUUCUUCUUCUUUGUCUUCUUCUUUGUCUUUUCCUCGUCCUUCCUUUUUUCUCGUUCUUGGUCCUGAACCUUUUUCGUCGCUAGUGAGGCGAGCAUUGGCUGGCAUUACAUCCGUCGACUGGCAUGGGGGCAAGAAUGAAAAUGAACAACGUGUUUGCUUCUCCGUUCUUCUUCUUCUUCGUUAUCUGCGUGUUCCUGUUGGCUUUGGAGGCGAUGGUGGGAACCACCUUGGCGGCUGCGGAGGGCGGGGGCCCGUGCGACAUUUUCGAUGGUGAGAACACCGUUCAUUUUCCAGUUUGCUAUGAUCACUUAGGUAUUAGAAUGGCUUGGGCUUAUCGUUCGUCCGAUCGUCACCUUUAUGUAGUAGUUAGGUGUUUUAGCCCCGCGGGGCAUUACUUCGGCUGGGGCUUGUCUCCCGCGCGUCAAGAAGGGGAGGUAAUGCUGAACUCCAGUGCUUUGGUGGCAUAUCGUGGCGAUAACGGCGUGCCUGAAGUUCAUAUGUACAAGCUAGCGAGACAAGAUCCUAGUGGGGUUGUGAAGGACUCGGGCGAUUUGAAUGUCGUCUUUCGCGCUGUCUCUGCUAACGAGGCUGAUCCCUCGAUGAUGUCGAUGAGGUUCGAGAUUGAAUUCGAUGAUGACGAUAAUAUCGAUGUCGAUGUUCAUGCUGCCACUGCAAUCUGGGCGAAAGGUAGAAUGACCGAUUCCAAGGCAGGGGUUUUGGAAGCGCACUUGCCAGGGGACAACGGGUACUUACGCAAUCUAGACUUUGAGAACGCUGCCAUAGCUGAGGGCAAGAAGAAGAAGAAGAACGCCGAUGGUAGUGAUCGUAUAAGCAUGGCCUUCCCCUCUGAUUACUUGGGAGGGGAUGGCGCAUCGCGAGGGGUCAAGAAUAUUCAUGGAGCGUUCGGGAUCUUGUCGUACGGUAUUAUCAUUCCUCUUGGAGUCAUCGUGGCCCGCCAUCUACGUCCAGGGUGGGAAGAUUGGUUCGAUACCCAUCGAGGGAUGCAGGUUGUCGGGUUCAUUCUUGGAGUCAUCGGAUUUUCGUUAGGUCUAAUGCUAGGGCACAGAAGUAAGGGAGAGGAGCACAAGAGGCACCGGAGUGUGGGGAUCACGAUCAUUGUAUUCACAGCGCUGCAGGUGAUGGCGCUCAUUUUCAGGCCGGGGAAAGAGCACGAAUGGAGGAACUGCUGGAGUCUGUAUCAUCACGGAAUUGGGUACCUAGUCGUGCUUCUCGGAGUGAUACAGAUUUUCAAUGGGUUCGACAUCUUACACGUGGCAGUAGGCUGGAAGGUUGUCUAUGUACUGAUUCUAGUGCUCAUCUUGUUGCUGGAGGUAACCCUCGAGGUUGCCAAGCUGUACCGCUGGUACGUCGAGAAUCAGCAGCAGCCGAAGGGACCUCAGCACAUGCCAGCUGGCAGAAUGCCGUCUGGCGUGGCGAUGGAGGAUAUGGCAAAGCCAACGGGCCCGCGGCACGCGUACAAUACACAAAAUAUAGCAAUUUGAUAUCCGGCAAUAUUCGAAUUUUGCCUCCUUUUGGUUUCAAUCAACCAAUCAAUCAAUCAACGUCCACGUCACACCAUCAACAACAGUAGUCGUAAAUGUGUUAACGCGCCUCGUUGCGCGCAAGUUCCUCUCUUUCUCUGCCCGUACCGCACAGAGAUUUGGCGGGGGGAGAGAGAGAGAGAGAGAGAGAGAGAGAGAGAGAGAGAGAGAGAGAGAGAGAGCCUUUGCAGGAAACGAGAAGAGAGAGAAGGGUGCUAGUCUUGUGCAAGUGCGAAAAGGAUUAUGAGGAUGUGUAAUUAGGGCUCUGGAGAAGAGAGAGGGGGAGAUGUGGGAGGGAGCGCAGCAGUGUGAGGGAGCGAGGGAAAGAGAGAGAGAGAGAGACCUCCUUGGCAGGAAACGAGUAGAGAGAAGGGUGCUAGUCUUGUGCAAGUACGAAAAGGAUUAUGUGGAUGUGUAAUUAGGGCUCUGGAGAAGAGAUGGGGGGCUGUGGGAGGGAGCGCAGCAGUGUGAGGGAUAAGAGAGGCGUUCGGAUCGAGGCAAGCGAGCGACGGAGAAGAAGCUUGAAGAGAGUGACACAGGAGUUUUGACCGUUGCGUGAAGAGACGUGAUGUUAUUGGCCGAGUGGCCGCGUAUCCAUGCUUGUCAUAUCCUCGAGGUAUUUAGAAAUUCUCGCCAAUACUGCAUCAGGACGAG